GGCCUGGAGGAGCUGCCCGAGGGGCUGGGCGCCGCGCUGGGCGGCCUGCGCGUCCUCAGCCUGCGCAGGAACCGCCUGGCCCGGCUGCCCGCCGCGCUGCGCCACCUGGGCCGCCUGGCCGAGCUCGACCUCAGCCACAACCGGCUCGGCGGCCUGGGGGACGGCGAGGCGCUGGCGCCGCUGCGGGAGCUGCGCAAGCUGAGCCUGAGCCACAACCAGCUGGGCGCGGACGGCGCGGCGCUGCCCGGGCGCCUGGGCGCGCUGCGGCAGCUGGAGGAGCUGGACCUGAGCUUCAACCGCCUGCGCCGCCUGCCCGAGGCGCUGGGCCGCCUGCAGCGCCUGCGCUCGCUGGACGUGGACCACAACCUGCUGCCCGCCUUCCCGGCGCCGCUGCUGGAGCUGGGCGCGCUGGAGGAGCUGGACUGCUCGGGCAACCGGCAGCUGCGCGUCCUGCCCGAGGGCAUCGCUGCCUUGCGCUGCCUUAAGAUCCUGUGGCUGAGCGGCACGGGGCUGGGCAGCCUGCCCGAGGGGCUGUGCCAGCUGGGCGCCCUGGAGAGCCUCAUGCUGGACGGGAACCAGCUGCGGGCCCUGCCCGCCGGCUUCGGCCGGCUGCAGCGCCUCAAGAUGCUGAACCUCUCCUCCAACGUGCUGGGUGAGUUCCCCGAGGCCGUGCUGGCCCUGCCCAGCCUGGAGGAGCUCUACCUGAGCCGCAACCAGCUCACCCUGCUGCCUGCCCGCCUCAGCCAGCUGCAUCAGCUCCGCACCCUCUGGUUGGACAACAACCGCAUCCGCUACCUGCCCGACUCCAUCGUGCAGCUCCACAGCCUGGAGGAACUCGUGCUGCAGGGCAACCAGAUCGCCAUCCUGCCCGAGGGCUUUGGGCAGCUCUCCCGGGUCACCCUCUGGAAGAUCAAGGACAACCCGCUCAUCCAGCCGCCUUACGAGGUUUGCAUGAAGGGCAUCCCCUACAUUGCCGCUUACCAGCAGGAGUUGGCACACUCCCAGCCCGCUCUCAAGCCCCGGCUCAAGCUGGUCCUCAUGGGCCUGAAGGAUGCUGGCAAGACCCUGCUGAGACGGUGCCUGAUGGAGGAGGAGCGGCAGAGAGACUCUCCCCUGGCUGCAGCUGGCAAAGAUGCUGGGAGAACCCAGCAGCAGCGAGACAUCACCCUGGGCCUGAUUCCCGAAGGUGUUGGGAAAAUACAGCUAGGACAUAGCCCCAUUACUGAGCCCCGAGAUGCUUUGUCUGCCAAAGGCUCCUCGCUAGGAUAUGCCCCCAUUGAGCAGCAGGACCCACUGCUGUCCCCGUCCCUUAAAGUUGCUGGGAAAAUCAAGUUAGAGCACCAGGACGGCUGCCUGUCUCCAUCCCCAAAAGUUAAUGGGGAAGCCCAGAUAGGACACUUCCCCAUGCUGCUGGAGCGAGACGCCCCCCUGACACCAUUGGUUGCAGGACUUCCAGGGACCAGCCAGGGCAUCGAGGUGACGGACUGGACGGCAGAUGUAGAGAGGGGUCUGACCUUCAUUGUGUAUGAGCUGGCGGGCGACCCUAGCUACGAUGUGAUCCAAUCCUUCUUCCUUUCGCCGGGAGCCCUGUAUGUGCUGGUGGUGAACCUGAGUGCCUACACCCCACAUUGCUUCUACUCCGCAGUGGGCUACUUCCUGCACUGGCUAGGUGCCAAAGUGCCCCAUGCUGUAGUGUGCAUGGUGGGCACCCAUGCUGACCUGUGUGCUGAGCGGGAACUGGAGGAGAAGUGCCUGGACAUCCACCACCAAAUUGCCCUGCAGGAGAAGCGGGAUGCUGAGGGACUCCAGAGUUUGGCCCAGCAGGUGGACAAUGCCCUGGGACAGGACUUUGACCUGCGUUGCUCCAGCCCCCACACUGCCUUCUAUGGGGUUUCAGACAAGAACCUGCGGCGCAAGAAGGCCCAGUUCCAGUAUCUGCUCAACCACCGGCCGCAGAUCCUCUCGCCGGUGCUGCCCAUCAGCUGCCAGGACCACUACCAGGUGCGCCGCCUGCGGGACAAGCUUCUGUCAGUAGCUGAGCACCGGGACAUCUUCCCAAACCUGCACCGGGUGCUUCCCAAGUCCUGGCAGGUGCUGGAAGAGCUGCACUUCCAGCCGCAGGCUCAGCAACUGUGGCUCAGCUGGUGGGAUUCGGCGCGGCUGGGCUUGCAGGCGGGCCUGACCGAGGAUCGACUCCAGAGCGCCCUGUCCUAUCUGCAUGAAAGUGGCAAGCUGCUGUACUUCGAGGAGCAUCUGACUCUGCGGGAGUAUGUAUUCCACAAUCUGCCCAGGCUCAUUGACAUCCUCAAUGUCUUCUGCCAGCAGGACACCACGGUGCUGCUCCAGAAACUGCUCAGUGACACCCAUAUAGAUGAACUGAGAACCACCCAGCUCCACCACUACGUGGAAGGGUUCCUGCUGCAUGGGCUCCUCCCUGCCCAUGUUAUCCGCCUGCUGCUUAAGCCCCAUAUCCAGAGCCGGGAGGACCUGCAGCUUAUCCUGGAGCUGCUGGAGAAAAUGGGGCUCUGCUACUGCAUCAAUAAGCCCAAAUGCAAACCCCUGAAUGGGGCCACUGCCUGGUACAAGUUCCCCUGCUAUGUGAAGAAUGAGGUGCCCCAUGCAGAGGCGUGGAUUAAUGGUACAAACCUGAGUGGACAGUCUCUUGUCAUUGAACAGUUGCAGAUUGAAUACACCUUCCCCUUCAUUUUCCCACCUGGGUUAUUUGCACGCUACAGUGUCCAGAUUAACAGCCAUGUGGUUCAGCGGUCUGAUGGCAAAUACCAGAUUUAUGCCUACAGGGGGAAGGUGCCUGUGGUGGUGAGUUACAGGCCUGCUAGGAGUACUCUGCAACCAGAUACUCUGUCUAUUGCUAGUCACGCAUCUCUACCAAAUAUAUGGACAGCCUGGCAAGCUAUUACCCCCUUAGUGGAAGAACUGAAUGUACUGCUUCAAGAAUGGCCAGGUCUGUACUACACUGUGCACAUCCUCUGUUCCAAGUGCCUUAAAAGAGGAUCGCUGAACCCCUACGCUUUUCCAGGAGAAUUGCUGAGUCAGCCUAGACCAGAGGGAGUGAUGGAGAUAAUCUGCCCCAGGAAUGGCAGCGAGCGAGUCAAUGUCGCCUUGGUUUACCCCCCCACCCCGACACUCAUCAGCCCUUGUUCCAAGUGAGCUCUGAGAGACGCACGGACCCCCAAUUUCAGUACACGCCAAAAACCCUACAUAAGACAAGCCCUCGCUAAGCAUUUUUGAAUACUAGCCGCCACAGAGCCCAGGGACUGUUCUAAUUAUUAGUGGGAUGUGGACAUCCCCUUCUCAGAAUAAAGAUGAAUGGUAAUGCUAGUGCUAAAGGUUUUAUAUCGGGCGGCAUGUGAAACUGCGGUGUGGCUGAAGGAUCUGUAGUGCUACUGUCUCUCUUGGGUUUGGAGUCCUGCCUUUACAACGAGACCAGAUUUUGGAACUCUGAACUAUUUGAAGUGGGAACACAGCUGAGUGUGUCUCUCCUGAGAUACCCUUGAGAACUUAAGUGUACAGUGCAAUCUGAAGGUCACUGAUGACCAGAUGUGACGUGAAACAAUAGUCUUGCAGCAAUCAGAUGGCAGCAUUCUUGGCUGGAGAUGAAACACUGGGAUUGAAAUUCUAUGGACCCUUUGAUUACCUGCUGUGCACCCAUUUAGACCUGUUGAUGAAUGUAAAAAUGUUCUCAGUGCUGUUUCAUUCAGAUGUAACUGAAGAAAAGUCAGUGGAGACUUGCUGUUAUGGAGUUUCAUGGAGUUGUUUCCUUACAGAGGAAGAAACUAGUGAUUUGUUGCUGUGAUAAGUGAGGAAAAGAAAACUCCAGACUGGAAUCUCUUUCCCAGCUGGAGGACCGUUUCCUGAUAACUCAGCGUGAUCUAUGGACACACUAACAAGAAGAGUUCAGCUGUUUUCAAGGAAUAAAUGCCGUGGCUUGGUAAAGCAGAACUGAGUAAAUGUUUUACACCUGAACCUCAGAAUUAUGAUCAUCCUCCAAGGAAGAGCUGCUUGACAAACGAACAGUGUGAACGGCUUCUCAGGGAUUCUGUUUGCUGUACACAAAUAGCCAUAAUGUUGGGAUUGAUGGCAGUAUUUAGAGCACUCCAGUUUGGUUCUAUUUCAUGUGGAAGCGGGAUCACUCAUCUGAAGUUCACUGCUGUUCAGUAACUAGUGUAGAACAAUGUGGUUUAUCUUUAUUUUUGUAAUGUGCAAAACCAUUUAAUUUUCUACACAGUUUAAAGCUUCUAGUAUUAGUGACCACUGAGUGCAAUAUUCUGCUUGGAGCCCUGCCAAAUAGCCCUUGGGUUCUUGGUUUGUUGUCGAUAUGUUCAAGUAUCUAUCACUGUUCUUUUGUCCCUCACACACAGUGUUAGCUCACCAAGUACGCUCCAGGCUAUCACUGUUGAGCAGCUCACAGGAGCGGCUGCUUCUGGAGACGUUCUCCUCUCUCCACGGUGAGGAUAUGCUGCCUGAUGUUCAUCGUCCCUGUCUCUCUCCGCUUCCAAGAAACCCAAAAGAACCCCCCAGAACAAGGUGGUGGCAGCCAGAAGAUGCUAGUUUGGGAAUACCCUCACUGCCAAGUGCCAUGCUUCAGCACAGCACAAUGGCAAGGAGCAGGGGGACUAGGCAUUCAAUGAAAAUAACCUGUUGCUAAUCACAGGCCAAGCACCAGUGAGACUGGUGUCGCUGAGCUCAGAAUGGAGACCAGGGAAAGGUGGGCAGGGAAACAUACAUUUUCAGCCUGCAUGCACACCCCUCGCUGUCAUACUAUGCUUGGGAGUUAAUGAACUGUCACAAUCAAGUAGGGUUUUUAAACCACUCGGGUGUUAUGUACGAUGGGUCCUUGGCAGGAGGGCAGGGCACUCGCUAUUUGAGAAUAUGUUCUGAGGGUGUAGAGCGCACUGGCUGUAUCGGAGAAGAAUUUACUUCAAUUAGUAGGGAAUUCAACUCCUUUUAAGUAGGAGGAUAAAUUCCCAGCAGCCAACAUUCUCAACCAGAGAGCACCAUAUUGUGCUCACUAACCUGUUUCCAGUCUCCAGGUUGCUGGCUGAUCUGUGUUCUACAGAAAUAGCACAGUUCAGAAGGGCAAACCAAUAAAUCAUUUGCCCUUGGGGCAACAAUGGGAGGCAGAUAGCACCAUUAUUCCUUGGGGGGUGACCAGUAGCAUCUUAUAUUGCAUUUCAAAGCAGAAUCCCAAAGAGGUGGUUCAGUUAAAUGAAGCUCAAAUGCAGCUGCUUGCUUACUUUGUGUGUUGACAGAAAAUGUGCAUAACUAUAUGUACGUAAUCAGUGAGAGCAUGGAAAGGUGGGAACUCUGUCAGUGGAUAGUACUUUACAUGUCUUGUAUAGUGAGAAAUCUGGGGUAUUCUUGCAGUACUGGAUUGUUGCUGGACCACGUACGUCCCUGUUGUAACUGCAUUUGACAUCUCUGGAGUUCUUACCGAGAGGAGUUUGGCUCCAUAGCUCCAGUUUCUGCUGACUGCUUAGCCUAAGGCCAGAGUUGGGCUGACUAGUCCCUUUUCAACGUGCAUUGUUCUCUCCAGGUUCGGCCUUUGCUAAACGCUUUAGGACUCCGUUUUAAAUCUGAAUACAGCUGAGGUCUAAGAAUGAAUUGGGGUUAACCAGGCGUGUCUGUACUCAGUCUCUGAAGGCAGCUCGGGGUUUGUGUAACAGGAGAUGGUUUCCCUUGGGCAGUCCCCCGUAAGGUGUUUGGUAACUAUAAACCUUGAAAGUAAAGGCAGGUGCGUGUGUUCAGCUUCUCUGGGGGCAGUGAGCAUGCUUGGUCCCUGCUAUAGCGCUUCUGGUCAAUGGGGGUCAUACCAGGGUGAGUUAUUUUUUGUUGUUGAUACCUAAAGCUGCCAAAGCAGCAAAGCCUGUGCCCAGGUGUGACAGGCGCUGUGCUGGCAGGGUGCAGGAAAUGUGUGAGACUGGCUGAAGAGACAAACAGUUGGAAAUGCUCCUUCGCUGGGCAGGACCAUUAACCCUCUGUGCAGGAAGCUCCUUUCUGUCUCAUCGCCUGGGAGUUUUGCAGCCAGACUCCCCGGGAGCUCAGCUGUUGAGACCCCAGGCGGGAUCCUGUUGGGACAGCAUCACUGGAAGAACCGUGUCAGGCUCUUCAGGAAAAGGCCAAAGUUCUACUCCAGUAAGCACAAGAGAAACGAUUCUGCCCAGGCAAGCCGCCCCCUGCCUCCCCCCCCCCACCAGGCCAGAAACUGCCCCCUGAGGCUGUUCUGUCUUCUACUUGUGCCCCUUGAGGUAGAAAAGCCAUUUCCCAGGUUUGUGACAAGGCACUGCCCAAGUGUUUUUCCUUCCUAAAAGGUUCACUUGCCUAUGUUGGACCUGUCCUUGUGAUUUGCACUCUUGCAAGAACAGCAAGUGGUGUUGGUGUACAGCUGAUGCCGCAGCUACAGUUAUCCAUUAAUCUCCAUAACUGGGUAGAAAUUUACAAAUUAUCCUUGCCAAAAAGAUUGACAAUAAAUCUGAUCUUAACUUGAAA